ACAAAACACAAGCAGGAAAUGGUGUGUCAAACACACACCACCGGUGUAAAAAGUUGGGGGAUUCCUAAGUUCGGCCAGUUUUUGCGUUCUCCAGCUGCUGUGUACAUUAAUGCUCCGCACGCAUUUAUUUAUGACUAUGGCUGUUGUGUAUGGUUGCUGAGUGUUUUUCUGAUAUUUGACCAAGAGGCAGGCAGAAGCGGGACGCUGGUGGGCGGAGCAGUGGGCUGUCAGUCAAGGCCUCGUUUCACUUUCACGUGGCCCACCCGUAGCACGCGUCAUGGGGUCUUCUGGGGGAACUUCAUGACCGCGGGGGAUUUUCCGCUGCCCGACGGCACGUGGAGACAUGCGGUAGAGGAAUAUCUCCCCGGUCAGGUUCCGCCCUCCCUCCUCGUACCUCUAGAGGUGGGAAGAUAAGAUGUUUCCACUCUCUGCCGGUGGUACAGUUGCGUCUCGGCUCCCCGUACAGUGCGAGUGCGGCGAGACGCCGUCUGAGCGGGGCUUCGCUGGCAGACGGUCGACGAGAGACUCGCGUGAGACGCCGUCGUUUGUUUGAGGCUCAACUGCGAGUUCCCUUCGCUUUCAAGUUCUCCAGGAGAGCGUCACUCUAUGAAGGACCUGUCAGGAACCGGGAGAGCGAAGACAAUGAUCCUGCCAGAGACCCACACCCCCGCGGGACGGUUCCGCUUGGCUCAGUCAGCCGUCGGUCUCGUCGGCUGUGCCUGCGUGAUCUACGCCGUGUGGAUGCCGCAUUGGCUCGGGGACCAGGGCCUUUGGACCCGGAGCAAUGACACCGCCCUGGAUGCGGAUCAGACUAGAGGGUCCUUCUUAGAAGAGGCGGAGUGUGUGUUUGCCGUACUCUCCUCCCUCAUGGGCCUGAGCGCCGGGGCGCUGUGCCUGGUCUUUGGUCUUUGCUGGACGUCACAGACGGUACGCUCCUACUCCAACACGCGCUCCCUUCUCAUGGUGGGCCAGGCGCUGUAUCCCACUACCCUCCUGCUCAUCACACUGGUCCCCACAGGGUUUUUCUUCCUGCUCUGCUGGUCCCUCUUCACCCAUCAGCACUGGACGGAGAUCAGUGCCGACCCCGGUCAGCUGGGCUUCUGCUAUUGGCUCGGUGCAGUGGGACUGGUUUUACUCCUAGCUGUGCUACCUGUGAUCUUUUUGGUGGAACAGUGCGUGGUCCCGGACCCUCUGCCGGAGCUGAAGAGGGCCUACGAGACACUGUGGUGUACCCCUCUGCCAGGCUAUGGGCUGCACUCCCUCAGCGACAGCGAUAACCACUAUGGAGAUGACUUUAUAAGGGGACACCCAGGGUACCUGUCCUUCCCGUGACCUUCCAAUUGGAGAUGGAAGUGGGAAUGGAACCUUGCUUUAUCUGAACUGAAGUCACGGUGGAGCACCCAGAUAUACUACUGCUGAGGUUCAUGUCCUUCUGACUGGUGAGAAGCAGAAAAUCAGGAGCAGUACCUGUUCAGCAGGCGGCGUGGCAGGAAAGACACCGGACUGGUGACCGAUGAGUUGCGUGGGGUCCUGCUCUUUUACCCUUGAAGUCUGGUGCUCAACACUACAUUUACAUUUAUUCAUUUAGCAGACGCUUUUGUCCAAAGCGACGUACAUCUCAGCAAA